CCUCACUUAACCUUGUCUUCACGCAACGCAAUCAAGUUAUCUUCUUUCAACUAGUUUUCAAAAUGUCUUCUUACCAAACCCAUCAAUCCGUCACGUUUGAGAUCUGAAUUCCACAAAGUUUUGAUGGUUGACUAAAUUCUCAUCUGAAAAAAAAGAAAGAAAAGAUAGAUAGCUCAGAACAGAAGAACUCUCUGAGAGAUUGUCAUUCCAAAGAAGAGUUCAAAAAAGUGUCAACUUCAUAAGGUAGUUAUCAUGAGUACAGAUGUAGCUCAGGCCAAUUCAAAUGGAAAUGUAAAAUUAUCUUCAUCAUCAUCAUCAUCAUCUUCAUCUAAUGAAGAACAGGAAAAGAUUAAUGAAGUGAGAAGGUCAUUAGGACCAUUGAAAGGUGCUUUAGCGGCUUACUGUACCGAUGCAUCAAUUGCUAGAUAUCUUAGGGCUAGGAACUGGCAUGUCAAGAAAGCAACUAAAAUGCUAAAGCAAACCUUGAAAUGGAGGUCUGAAUACAAGCCGGAGGAAAUUCGCUGGGAACACAUUGCUAAUGAAGCUGCGACAGGGAAAAUUUACAGAUUGAAUCAAGUUGACAAGUAUGGAAGAACUGUUCUUGUCCUGAGACCUUCUAGCGAGAACUCAAAGUCAACAAAAGGGAAAAUUCGGUAUUUUGUAUAUUGCAUGGAGAAUGCAAUUCUGAAUCUGGCAGAAAGCCAGGAGCAGAUGGUCUGGCUCAUUGAUUUCCAUGGAUUCAAUAUGUCACACAUAUCUGUGAAUGUAACACGAGAGACGGCUAUUGUCUUACAAAAUCAUUACCCAGAGAGGUUGGGUGUUGCAAUCCUAUAUAACCCACCAAAGUUCUUCGAACCCUUUUGGAUGAUUGUGAAACCCUUUCUAGAGCCCAAGACUCAGAAAAAGGUGAAGUUUGUAUACUCUGACGACCCCAAUAGAAAGAAGAUAAUGGAGGACCUAUUCGACAUGGAUGAUCUUGAGUCCUCAUUUGGAGGAAACAAACAAGUGUGUUUCAAUAUUAGUGAGUACUCUGAGAGAAUGAAAGAAGAAGAAAAGAAGAUGCCUGCAUUUUGGUCAACAGAGAUCUCCCCUGUCACAGCACAACAACAACCAACCUCAGAACCAACUCCGCCUACUGAUCCUGUCAACGUAGUUUCAGAUUCGGGUGAGUCCGAUAAAGAACAAACCAAGACCACUUCAGCUCGUGAAGUUGAAUCAAUACAUAUCUCACCAGAGAACAAUUUGCCAGAUGUGGUGCAUGAGUGUUCCGUCGACGGUGAAAAGCAAGGACAUUCUGCUGAAGGGAUCAGCAAAAUUGAUCAAGAAAUUAUUGAAGUAAAGUGAGCUAAUAAUGGGUCGGGUGGUCUCAACUCUUUUUAACUGAUGUUUGAAAGAUAAGCUUUAAAAUCAAAUUGAGAAGAGAAAAAAAGAAAGAAAGUGUUAUUCUCUUUCUGUAGAAUUGUCUUGUUUUAGGCAUUGUAACAAAUCGGCUGUUUGUUCUUGCUUUUUAAAAGUGUGAUUUAUAACACAAUUUGCAUUUCUUGGAGAUAUAAA